UUUCUUUAUAAACGACUUCAAAACGAAUGCAAAUUCAUUCAAGUUCUAAAAAUAUUCAUAGUUUCACAAUGUCGCCGAUCCACAGAUGCAAUUCCAGCGCAUUUUUGAUUAAUUUCAUAAUUGUUUGUGCAUCUGUUUCGCUUGGUUUAAAAUGUCGCACCGACGAAGGUCCUUCCGAUGAAGACAUGAAACGAAUAACUCGAUCGUGUAUGCGAAAGAUCAGUGAAAAUGGUGGCCGAUAUAAUCAGAAUCAAAGUGAUGACAAUUCUUCGUACGGAAAUUAUGACAACAAUAAUAACAAUAACUGGGACUAUGAUGAAUACAAUCGUGAUGAAAGGUUCCGUCAGGGUAAUCGAGACCGGUUGCAAAUGAGAGGACGAUCGAAGAGAUCGGGAAAUGAUCGAAAAUACGAUAUGUCAUCGAAUGGAAACAGGGAUAGGGAACGUAAUGGAAACCAGAACCAACGAUCCAAUGGCAACAAUAACAGCAACGGUAACUAUAAUAAUCAUCAUGGAAGGAACAACAUGGGAAUGGGAAACAGCAACAAUAAUAACAGCUCCUAUGGAGAUCGACAUUCAAGGGACAUGCAGCGGGAUCAAGACGGAGCCUGUGUGGUACACUGCUUCUUUGAGGAAUUGAAUGUGCUAAACAACGAUGACUAUCCAGAUAAACACAAAUUCACCUACAUUCUAACCAAGGACAUUCGUGACCGAGAGCUUCGAGCAUUCUACACCGAUACCAUCCAAGAAUGUUUUCACUAUGUCGGAACACAACGACGAAAGGAUAAGUGUCAAUUUUCUAGAGAAAUAAUUCAUUGCAUGACCGAGUAUGCUAAGUCAAACUGUGAUGAUUGGCAGGAUCAUUCUUUGAUUUUUACAUAAGUGUCCUUAAAUAUUAUCAUAUCUUAUAGCAACUGUGGUCAGGGAAAUAUUAUAAAAUGUUUAAUAAAAUGUUUGUUUUGAAA